GGUAAUGUUCCACAUGCAAUUCCUAUUUAAAAUUGGCAUAAACAUUAAACCUAGUGCUGUCUGUAACACCACAACACCACUGCUGUUUAUGACAGUCAACAAGAGAUGGUUUUAAUAAACAACAAACUCGCUAACAUCCUGCACAUCUGGGUUUCCCCAAACAUAUCCCAAACUGUGUAUGUACAGACCAACACACACACUAGACACACAGCUCGCUUGUCCUCCUUCGUGAAGCUCAACCAGGAUAUUGUAAGCUUCUCGUGGAUGUCUCUUGAUGUCAAACCUCGUCAACCGUGACCAGACCACAUGGAGUACACAUGGAGGAGCAACCCACCUGUGUCGUUGUCUACCCCACUAUUUACAACUGACAUUAUGUAGAUUUUUAGUACAAAAUUACACCUGUAACUUCAGUUCUGCUGUAGUUGUCAUGGCGACAGAUGGUGAUUGGGAGUCAGUCCAUACACUGUCUGCUCGUGAAACAGACCAGAACAAUGGAAGAAGAAAGGUGCUACGAGCUCUGGAAGAGAAGAUUGCCGUGUUCCUGUUUUUGAUUUUCGUCUGUCUUUUCAUCACACUAGUCAACAUUGAAUCGAUAAGAGUUGACUUCCCACCAUUAAACGUGUCUGUUCUGCCAAGUGGAGUUAACUGCACCAAGGUUUGGCAAGGAGACCUGUCUGAAAUAUCAGGGACCAAGUUUCUGUGGUCAGUGCCUGCAAGACGACCACCAGGCUUCUACGACAACAUCACCACGGAUUGUCCGAAAUACCGGCGAGAGACUGGGUACAUCGAGCAGGUGAGUGAGGAGGAGAAGGCGUUUCCCCUGGCCUUCAGCAUCCUGCUGUACAAGGACAUGGAGCAGGUGGAGCGACUGCUGCGUGCUGUGUACCGACCUCACAACCUCUACUGUCUGCACACGGACCUCAAAGCCAGCGCUCAGGUGCAACGCCAGAUCACAGCCCUGAUAACCUGUCUGCCCAAUGUAUUCCAAGCACCUCGACAAGUGGAGGUUGUCUGGGGCACCUUCACCGUCCUCGAACCGGAGCUCAUUUGCAUGGAGGCGCUGUUGCGAAGGUCCAAGAGGUGGCGGUACUUCAUCAACCUGACAGGACAAGAGUUUCCACUCAAAACCAACAAAGAGCUGGUGGCCAUCUUGCAAGCUUAUCGCGGAGCCAACGACAUCUUCGGCAGAUACGUACCGAGCUUUGCACACCGUUGGAAGAGAGCAGGACCACCUCCACACAACAUGACCGUUGCCAAGGGACCGGUGCACAUGGCGGCUUCCCGGGAGUUUGUGGACUUCUCUCUUCACUCCACCUACGCACGCGACUUGCUGACAUGGAUUCAGAAAACAAGUUUUCCUGAUGAGUCCUUCUUCACGACUUUGAAUAACCAGCAUCAGCUGGGAGUCCCUGGAGCAUACACAGGAGAGCCAGACUGCCCGCAGCGACAGACUGUUAACCGCUAUAAGGUUUGGUUUGACUUUUGGUCUGACCAGGAGUGUAACGGCAAGUGGGUUCGGCAGAUCUGCAACUUCGGGCUGGGCGACAUCCACCACAUGGUGGACAGCGUCUUCAUGUUCGCCAACAAAUUCUCCUACGACCUUCAGCCACAGGCGUUGGACUGCUUGGAGCAGUGGUACUUCUCGCGAAUUCAGCGUGAGGAAGCUACGGGAAGCCUGGACCUUACUGUCGGUUUCUAUAGCAACUUAGACAUUGUGAAGCAGGCACUGAGAAAAAGUUUAACCUAACCUUGUUACGAAAGGUGGCAUUUUUUCCAGUUGUAACUUCUUCAGGAGGUACAAAAUAAACCAAAUUACAAAGCUUCAAAUACAAGAGGAGGCAAAAGGGACAUACAAAGAUCAGACGACAGCCAGUUGUUACAGAAAAACCAGAUACAAUGGACUUAAUUUUUAGAAUAUAUUUUGACAGUGUAUUCGGAUAUUUCCCCAUAUAUACUGAUUUAUUCUGAAUUAUUACUGUUUUCUGAUAGCAUACCAUAGUGGCAUUUAAAACCUUUUGAUACAUGAUGUAUUAUUUGUAGAAAUGUUGGUGUAUCGAGUGCUUUAUUGUACUUAUGACUUUUUGUUGCCAUAAUAUAAACUUAUGUUUAAAUAUAUUGACUCAGCCGUAAUGUUUUAUAACGUUUCAGGUUUAAUUUUAUAAUAAAACCGUUUAAA